AUGAAUCCAGGCGGAGAAGGCGCGCCAAAUAGGCCACACAACCCGCCCGACCAAGAGAGGAGAGCCAAUGAUCCUCCUAAUCCAGCAGAAGCUAGAGCUGACCAGCCAGCACCGGCCAGAGACGUUCCUCCACCAAUCCGAACGCGCCCGAUGCAGCUGAGCCGCUACAGCCACCUCUUAACCCGCCGCGACCACCACCGGCGUUUGCAAAUGGACAUCAUCGUCACGGUGACAACCAAGGGAUGCCUCAAGACCAACCUCACGCACCUCCAAGGAGAGUGCCAAACGCGCAGCAUCCAAGGCACCAAACUAUGGGAGACUUUGAUUCGUCCGAUGCUUUCUUUAUGGAUCGGAAUCCAAUCCGACCGCCUCUACCUCCAAGGAACGAUUUUGAGAUCAAACCGCAGAUCAUUGCCUUGCACAACUCGUGUUAAUGGAGUAUCGCCGGAUUACUUCAAAUGCAAGCUAUUCACUUUUUCUCUAAGUGACAAGGCGCUAAGAUGGGUAAAAUCUUUACCACCUCAGUCCAUUACAACAUGGAAUGAAUACAAGGGAGCUUUCUUGAACCAAUUCUACACUAAGCAAAGAUCCAACUCUAUAAGGAGCAAGAUUUCUGGUUUCAAGCAAGAUUCAAUGGAAUCAUUCUAUGAAGCUUCGGAGAGAUUCAAGGAGUACACAAGAAGCUGCCCUAAUCAUGGCUUUUCAGAAGGUAACCUUUGGAACAUCUUUUACAAUGGGAUUGAUCAUAAAUACAAGCUUUCUCUCGAUACCAAGAGCAAUGGUAACUUCAUGACCAAGUCGGUGCCGGAGGCUAAGCUUUUGAUUGAGAAUCUCGCUGCUAGUGAUGCCAAUGCGUGCCCUGACUACAAUAGAGGAGUGAAGACCACGAGCUCAUCAGAAUCAACUCAAAUCUCGGAGCUAAGGAACAUGGUUUCACAACUACUCAAAAGCCGACAAGGAGUUCACGCCAUUGAAGAUGCCCUAGCCACAAAUGAAGACACUCUUAUGGAUUUCAUGAGAGAUGGUGCUGAAGAGAAUCUAGAGGAAGUCAACUACAUUGGAGGAAACUAUGGGAAUAGAGGAUUCAAUCCACCAUUUCGCGCGCAUCCAAACCUAUCAUACCGGAGCAACAAUGUGGAGAAUCCAAAUGACCAAGUCUACCCCAAUCAAGGGGUGAUGAUAGGAUUUUGCGUGUAUGAGAGAUGGCGCUGA